AGUGUCCACCUCUCUUUCAUUCUUACCAUAACAGUCCUUCCUCUCUCUCUCGCUCUAUAUUUUGCUUUCGUCUUCUCGGACUUUCCGGAACAAUACUCCUGCACAUCUGAUUUCUUUCUUGUGUUUGCCUUCUCGAGCGUCUGUGUGCUCUGCGAUCUUCUAUCUUUCUCUCCUGUCUUUCACAUCUUAUUCUUGCGGGAGGUAAAUUCAAUUUGAGGUCCCGUGCCAACCAGGACUGCUUCACCAGUCACCUUCGAACUUUGUGGCUGCUCCAGGCCGCCGCGCGAAGGCUUAAGAAGUCACCCCCGGUGCGAUUCACCACGAGAGUUCCGGCCCUGCACCCUUGCUCAAGAAUAGCUUCCGUUGCGCCCUCUACUUUCAAUACCUUCAUAUAGGUCCUUUGCAGACCAGCGAGAGUGUUCAUCCAAGCUAUCGACGACCGCUGGGGAGCCGUACCAUGGCCUCGACAAUGCACGCCUCUGCGCAAGCUCGGACGUACGACUACGUCCCUCGCAGCUCAACCCACAAGCAUACUGCUUCCGCUUCUGCAUCGUAUCCCUAUGCAACUCAUAGACCACCACCGGAGGGCCUUACAAACAGUUCAUCCCGCACCGUCUCGCCUAGUGUCUUGCGAAGAACGAGGCCUAGAGCGGGCACUAGCACUGCCGCCGUUCCUCCACAUAAUGCUAGCGCAACUGGCCUUGGCGCCAGAAAUGCUGGGCCGUAUUCAAAUGUUCCGUAUAAAACGAGUGCAGGCGCGAGUGUACAUGAUGCUUCACCUUCCCGUCCUCGCGCACAUUCUCAUUCACAGAACUCAUCGCGCACUCAGCCGUACACACAAACACAUACACGUUCUAGAUCAACAUAUCAACAGACUCAGACGCAGAUGAAUUCGUAUCCGUAUGCAUCAAAGCCGACGGCAGGCUCCCAGUCGACCUCACAGCGACAGUAUUUUCCUGGCAGCACAUACACGUAUCCCAGCGAGGACGGAAGAGUUAUGCUUGAUAUGGAUGCCUUUAGGCGAAACUUGGAGCGUGAAGGACCACCAGUAUCUCAUAACAGCUACGGCGCUCACGCCAAUCCUCAUAUAUCGGGUAUCCCGGAUAUUGAAUGGAGACGUCCAGCACCUGGCGAAGUGCCGCUUGGAUAUGAAGAUUAUAUUCAACCCGUUGCUCGUGGCCCUCCAGGAGGAGGAUGGCCAAUGUCGUCCGGAUCGAGUCAUGCUACACACGCACAGUACAAUUAUGGCCGACAUGCAUACCCACCGCCCAGGCCGCCCAGUCCAGCGAGUCAUUAUCCAUUUGCAAGUUACAAGCCUCCCGGUGACAGCGAUAGGAGAGACAAUCAGACUCGCGACCGUCGACAAUCGAAUGCACGUGAUGGGCACCCGCCUCCUAUGCAUGCAGCUGCAGCAUCUCAAGCAGACAGUACCGCUUCAGACCCGCUCAUUCAUAACGCACUCGGUUGGUGGCCCGAGCUACGACGACCCGCACUCUACUGGGACCUCUCGUCCAACGCUCCGCCUCGAUACACCAAGCGCCAAUUUGACGCCGAAGAACUCGCCGCAUCACCAUUCACGCCGCCGCUGUCACGCAUGCGUCUCGUACUCGACUCUCACGUGCAAUGGGCGUUCGAUCUCUCCGCUCCGCGCGGACAGCGAUAUAUCACUCUCUCCAGUCUCCUCUCCGACAUCGCUAAACUCAUGCACGCACCUAACAUGGUGCCGCACGUCUUCUGGACGCGUGCAAGCACGCAGAAGAAAGAGGCGGUGUUAAGAGCGAUGAUACGUCGGACAGGGCGUCCAUUACCCACCCAACCCCCUCAUCGCCGCCCGAAACCUCGUGGACAAAUUAUGGAAGAGGCUGUUGUGGACGGUGCGCCGAACGGAUAUACGAAUUUGAAGGUGAUCGAUUUGUUGUGUGACGAUGUGAUGUUUUCCGGGAUGGAGUUUCAUAAGGGCCCGGAUGAGUGGGUGUUGAGGACUACGAGGCGGUACUAACGCUGAUUAAGAGAAUAUACCUCAUCUCAUUUCACAUUCCUUCACUUGACUAGCUUUUAACAUUUCGUUAUGUUGUUGAUUUCUAAGUUAUCAUAUGAAUUACUUUAAUGGUUUUAUGUUCCCCUGCUAUGGUUUUUGACUUACUCGAGACUCCGUACUUAAUUUCUCUGGUUCUCAUGUGUAUCUUUUGUAUCCGUACCUUCGUUCUUGUCUAUCGUGUUGCUCUUGUAUCGCUUCUUCUAAUUUUAAUUAUAUUUAUCUGUCUUUAGUUAUUAGGAGGUCUCACACCCUAACGCGCAUUAUCCCAUUACUUU